AUGUGUGGUGGGGGGGAGUACACCACAACCUUCCCCCCCAUCCCCACUAUCCACCCCGACACAGCCCCAAUCCAUUAUAUCACCCGACACAGCCCCAAUCCAUUAUAUCACCCGACACAGCCCCAAUCCAUUAUAUCACCCGACACAGCCCCAAUCCAAUAUAUCACCCGACACAGCCCUAAACCACUAUCUCACCCGACACAGCCCCAAUCCAUUAUAUCACCCGACACAGCCCCAAUCCAUUAUAUCACCCGACACAGCCCCAAUCCAUUAUAUCACCCGACACAGCCCCAAUCCAAUAUAUCACCCGACACAGCCCUAAACCACUAUCUCACCCGACACAGCCCCGAUGCAGCCCUCCCCAGCGUCUUGCGUAUACCCCAGCAGCAGCACCGAGACAGCCAGGUGGUGCGUCGGGAGGUGUUUUAUAACUCGGCUUAA